AUGCCGUCGGUUUCGAAAGCGGCGGCGGCGGCGGCGCUGAGCGGGUCCCCCCCGCAGACCGAGAAGCCGACCCACUACAGGUAUCUAAAGGAGUUUAGGACGGAGCAGUGCUCCCUGUUUGUACAGCACAAGUGUGGCCAGCACAGGCCGUUCACCUGUUUCCAUUGGCAUUUCCUAAAUCAGCGUCGGCGCAGACCCCUCCGCAGGCGCGAUGGCACCUUCAACUACAGCCCUGAUGUGUACUGCUCCAAGUACGACGAGGCCACCGGCCUGUGCCCCGACGGCGACGAGUGUCCCUACCUGCACAGAACAACUGGGGACACAGAACGCAAGUACCACCUGCGCUACUACAAGACGGGCACAUGUAUCCACGAGACGGACGCGCGCGGCCACUGUGUGAAAAACGGGCUACACUGUGCUUUUGCACAUGGCCCCCUGGACCUGCGGCCGCCCGUGUGUGACAUCAGGGAGCUGCAGGCCCAGGAAGCCCUGCAGAAUGGUCAGCCCGGCAGUGGGGACGGCGUGCCUGAUCUGCAGCCUGGGGUCUUGGCCAGCCAGGCCAUGAUUGAAAAGAUCCUGGGAGAGGACCCCCGGUGGCAAGACACCAACUUUGUGCUGGGCAGCUACAAGACUGAGCAGUGCCCUAAGCCACCACGCCUGUGCCGCCAGGGCUAUGCCUGCCCACACUACCACAACAGCAGGGACCGCCGGCGGAACCCCAGGAGGUUCCAGUACAGGUCCACACCCUGCCCCAGUGUCAAGCAUGGGGACGAGUGGGGGGAGCCCUCACGGUGCGAUGGUGGGGACAGCUGCCAGUACUGCCAUUCCCGCACGGAGCAACAGUUCCACCCGGAGAUCUACAAAUCUACCAAAUGCAACGACAUGCGCCAGACCGGCUAUUGCCCACGGGGUCCUUUCUGCGCUUUUGCACACGUUGACAAGACCCUUGGGACCGCAAGCGGCUGGGGCUGCCGCGAUCUCAACUCCACCCACAGCACCUUGGCCCACAGCGGCCAGCCUGGAAAUCCAAAGCGCAGAGACCUGCUUACCGAAGGCAGCCAGAAAGCCGGGGAGCCCGACAGCAAGCAGAACCACCUCGCUGUGUUUGCAGUGGUUCACCCGCUGGCCCCCAGCGUAAGCUCCAGUGUGGCGUCCAGCCUGGCGUCCAGCGCUGGCUCAGGUAGCUCUUCCCCCACCGCUGUGCCCGCCCUCCCUGCCCGCGCCCUCCCGCCGGACCCCGCCGGCAGCACCGUGGAAGCGGUCCUAGGUUCUGCCUUAGACCUGCGUCUCAGUGAUGUCAACAUCGCGUCUCUAGAUAAAGACCUGGACGAGCAGGAUCCCUGUGACCUUGGAUUGUCAGGUCCCAGGCCGCUGGCAGGCUCUGCGCCAGUCACCAUCCCGGGCUCCCUGCCUCGCUCACCAUCCCUGCAGUCAUCCUCAUCCCUGUCCACCUCCCCGCUCAGCUCACUCUCCCAGUCGCUGCCAGGGCCACUUGUCUCCUCGGCCAUGACACCCCCUCAGCAGCCGCUGCCCCUCAGGUCAGAGCCGGCCGUACUGGGCUCCGCAGCCUCGUCCUACGGCUCCUUAGGUCUGAAUGGUGUUCCUGGGAGCAUCUGGGACUUUGUCUCUGGCAGCUUCUCUCCCAGUCCAUCCCCCAUCCUGAACACUGUCCCUGCCUCAAGUGCAAGUCCACACAGUGCGGAGCUGGCCCGGGUCAGGCGGCAGCUGGAUGAGGCCAAGAGGAAGAUCAGGCAGUGGGAGGAGUCUUGGCAGCAGGUGAAGCAGGCCUGUGACGCCUGGCAGCGAGAGGCUCGGGAGGCUCAGGAGCGGGCCCGCAUGGCGGACAGCGACCGGCAGCUGGCCCUGCGGAGGAAGGAGGAGGUGGAGGCCCAGGUCCAGCGGCUGCAGGAAGAGCUCGAGGGCCUGGGCCUGUCCUCACUGCCUGGGCUGCGAGGCUGUGGUGACGUGGGUGCCAUCCCUCUGCCCAAGCUGCACUCCCUGCAGAGCCAGCUGCGCCUGGAUUUGGAAGCUGUUGAUGGGGUGAUCCUCCAGCUCCAGGCCAAGCAAUGUGUGGCCUGCCAGGAGCAGGCCCCUAGCACCGUCUUACAGCCCUGCCAGCACCGUGUCCUGUGCGAGCCGUGUGCAGCCAGUGCGCCUGAGUGCCCCUGCUGUGAGGGUCAGCCCCUUCCCUGGUGACCAGAGGUGGGGCCUCAUUCCCUCCAGGGCAUGGGUGCAAAAAGACUGCAGAGUGCCACAGUCACGUCUGGUGCCACCGUCAGGACGCAAGUCCAUGCCUGUUGCUACCAAUGGCCUUUGUGGCACUUUUAUCACCCACCACAUCCCACUGGCGUCUUCAAGGUAUUCUCCAAACCCUAAAGCACCGCAGAACCCACUUCCUGUCCCCGUGGUAAGCACCAUGGAGGCCAGGUUCAGUGCCACGGUCCUGAUACUGCAGUGGCCAGGCCACUGGGGGGUCUCUUCAAAGCACUUUGUAAACCGAGGAAUUUAGUUUUAAAUCUUAUAAGCUGCUUUCUAGGUCCAUGUUUUUUAAUAUAUGAUAACAUGAAGCUUUAUGUGUACUGUGAACUUGAACUUUCCCAUCAGUUGCUGUCAACUCAUAGUGUGGUGAAUAUAUUAGAUUUCAUAUUCUGAACUACUUAUGAAAUGAACAUUUAUCUAGUAGUAAUGCCAACCUAGGAUUUUACAUUUUCAAAUCAAGUGCAAACAUAGUAUUUAUAAGCAGAGUGAUUAUUGAGAUGCGCGUUUGGAUGUUCUCGACUUUACCUAAGGAGCUCUUUCCCGAAGUGUGCAGGGCAUGUGCACCUGGCUUUGUUCUGGCACAGAAUAGACCCAAGCACUCGGGCCCCUUUAAGUGCCUGUGCCUUGCACAACAAGUGAAGGAAUCGGUUCCUUUGGUUUUUGUCUUCUCCUGGAGGCUCUGAGGGCCAGUGUGGUCUCAGGAGUGUGCACCAGAAGGGGUGGAUGUUAGGACUCUCAGAUCCAUGCUGUAGACAGCUGUGUUCCCGUGGAGCUUCUCAGAUGUCUGGGGCACCCUGGUUCUUCCUGAAUUGGGAAACCUGCACCUCCCACACUGCAACUGCCCACAACUCCUGCUGACCUGACUCGAGAGACUGCAGUGGCAGUGCAUGGUGUCCAGGGUGAUGGCAUUGGUGACAGUCAAUUGAGUCGUACAUCAGUUGUGAUUAGAGCUCAUCCAUGUGACCAGCAAGGUGCCUCUGCGGCCCGGGGCCCCAGCUCUGCCAUGCUGCCCCUGCUCAUCAGCUCCUGGGGCCACAGUGGUGCCAGGCAGCCUGGCCUCAGACUGUGGCAGGAAUGCUGCUAAGAACAGUCUGAGGUGCUUGGGGAGAGAAGAGAAGUCUGCCGUGUUUGCAGACCUCACCUGGGUGAGCAGAGGGACAUCUUUCAGGUGCACUGUGGGCUGGGUGCCUCCUCCCAGGGCUUUGCCAAAGACUUUAAGUAGCAUUUUCUAAAGUGCAAAGUGACUAGGUAAACAUUUUUAUCAGUGACCAAAUUAGAAUGUAUUUAAUACAGUAGACUAUUUAAAAGCAAUUUCUAAUAUAAGACAAACCGAUAGAGAGAUUCUGUCAUUUCAAAGGAAGUGAAUCCGUGACGUCCCACAGCUAGUCCACUACAGAAGGUACCUAUGGACGUGGGUUAGUGGCGCUCCUGUUUCUUAUCAGUGAUGACCUGUUAGCUCAGUACCUAGACAUUACAUAUAUUUUGUGCUACUGUUUUUGCUGUUUAUUUUUGUUAAUAUUUAUGCACUUGUUUCCAUUUUGGGCCUUUGGUCUUUUUGGAGAUAACAAGACAAAAUUUAUUACUGGUGUCUAGCCUAAACAUUUUCAAAUCAUAGACCUAAAACUCAGCUGUUUUUAAUGGUUUAUCUGUAAUAAGCUACUCCGGCCAGCUCUUUCGGUGGAAUUUGGCCAGUGUUCUCAUGAGUCUCCAGUGCUGCUUCUGGGGUGGGGAUGGUGGCAGAGGUGAGGGGCCACAAGGCAACAGCUAGGACAGCAAUGGUGCUGGCCUCUGUGCACUGGCUCUUCUGGAAUCAGGAGGGCACUGGAAAUAGGUAUGCAACAAGAAUUGCCCAGGAGUGGGUCUGCAGUGCAGGAUCCCAGGAUGCUACCCACUGAUCUGUUCUGGGCGCCCAAGAGCACAGCAGUUGGGGAGGCUCAGGGUCCCGUGGGCAGGUGAUGGCGGUGGGGUCCUGGGCUAGGGGUGCUGAAGCCCUGUGGUGACUCUGUGCUGGUGUUCCUGAUGUCUGUCACCCUCUAGUGUUCAAUCAGUGUCCCACACUGACUGACUAGCCAUGGGGGUGGUGCGGGGUGCGGAUGCUCCCUGUGGUGUGUCCAGCACUUAGCUGAAUGUGCUGAGUCGGAUUAUCCUAACCCAGAAGGUCGUAUUUAUAAUGUGUGAUCAUUUACUUGUAGAGGACCAUUUAAAAUUGUUAACAUCUGUUUAAAUUUUUUUACACUAUAUGCAAUGGUUUACAGAACUCAUGGAAUUAUUUUUAUCAGUAUGGGAAUUAAUUAAAACUUUGAAUCUUUA